GGCGGAGCUGGAGCGGGCUUGCUCAUCUGGAGAGGUUGGGUGUCCCGCCCGGCCCUGCUGGGUGGGUCAGGAAGACAGUUUCCUCUUUUGCCUCUCCGGUCCCUACCCCGGCAGGUGCCGCGAUCCCGUGGGGUGUCGCGAUCCGCUUAAGGCUGAGGCAGGCGUGGAGACAAGCAGGCAUGAGCAGCCAUAUGUGAAGACAUUGGCAGGUGUCCCCAGGGAGAGAGACAGAAAACCUGCAAGGUGAGCACUGCUUAACCAAAUCCAGCUGGGCAGUUUCGAUUCUUCUGGAGAGACGCCUUUGCUGCAUGCAGUCAUGCACAGUCUAGCUGCAUUCCUGCUUAUCCUCCUGGCUGGUGGUACUGAGACCUUUCGCAUCUGUGCCUUCAACACCCAGCGGCUGACACUGGUCAAGGUGGUCACGGAGCAAGUGAAGGACACCUUAGUUCGGAUUGUGGCUCGCUGUGACAUCAUGGUGCUGCAGGAGGUGGUGGAUUCUUCUAAUAAGACUAUUUCCUUCCUGCUUCAAGAACUCAAGCGCAGGUUUGAUGGCUCCAGACGCUAUAGCUCCCUGGACAGCUCCAGGCUGGGGCGAAGCACAUACAAGGAGAAGUAUGUGUACAUCUACCGGUCCGACAAGACACAGGUCCUGAAUUCCUACCAGUAUGAAGAUGAGGAUGACCUAUUUGCCCGGGAGCCCUUUGUGGCCCAAUUCACUUUGCCUAGCAAAAUCCUUCCCAGCCUGGUGCUGGUCCCGCUGCACACGACUCCUAAGGAUGUAGAAAAGGAGCUGAAUGCCCUAUACGAUGUGUUUCUGGAUGUCUCCCAGCGCUGGGAAAGCAAGGAGGUGAUCCUACUUGGAGACUUCAAUGCUGACUGUGCAUCACUGCCCAAAAAACGCCUAAGCCAGCUGCUACUGCGGACUAAAGCAGGCUUCCACUGGGUGAUUCCUGAUGGGGAGGACACCACAGUGAGGGCCAGUACCCACUGCACCUACGACCGCAUUGUGAUGCACGGGGAGGGCUGCCAGAGCCUGCUGCAGGCUGCAGCCGCCUUCAACUUCCCCAAGAGCUUCCAGCUUACUGAGGAAGAGGCCCUCAGCAUCAGUGACCACUACCCUGUGGAGGUGGAGCUCAAUCAGACUGCUCACAGCGUCCAGCCCCUCAGCCUGCCCACUCUGCUGCUGCUGUCACUGCUGUUGUUACUCGUGCCCUCAGCUGGGCCCGGUAGCCUGAAUCCCCUAGAGCUGGCUGCCCAUGGAUGUGAGGUCCACACCGCCUUUAGGACUUAAAUCUUGGUCUCACCCAUUCAGUCCGUUCUUCCCUGGUGCUAAAGUGACUCCUUUUAUUUGGUUUGGAUUUUCUUCUUGGUAUUAGAAGCAGCAGCCAGGCGCCUGAGGCUGGACCUGUGCUGCUUGCUCCCUUUCAGGAAGUGUCAGGAGUGGAAACAAAGCAGGUUCCAGGGCUGGGGGGAUGAGCUCAGGUGGCAUCUCUGCCAAACCUUGCAGGGCUCAGAAGGGGGCCUCCUCACACAUUGUAUGUCUAUUAUAUGACAAAAAAGAAACUUACAAAGGAUAAAAAGCCAGAUUGGAGAGGUAUUACAAGUGGGUAGCAGAUAUGCCUUAUUGUAUACAGGUUUCAUGAGUCAACAGGAAACCAUUAAUAACCCAGUAGAUACAUGGAUGGAUUUUUAAAAAGAUGGGAUAUAAGGUGUUAUGCCACCACCACCAAAAAAUAGUAAUUAGCCAACAGCAGGAAAACAAAUAAGCUCAUUGCAAUCCUGUAAUUCACAAAAAGCCCCAGUGUCUGGUCAGUAUCAGGGAACAGUAUCAGGGCCAUUUAUAUGUAAACCACAAUCAUGUGGUUUAGAGCAAUCUCCCCAAAGUAAAAAAUAAAGGUAAUUUAUUGGAAAAGUGUUGUAAAAUGGCUCUAAGUGAAAAUUACAAAAGCAGAAAGACGCCAGGCAUAGUGGCGCACACCUGUAAUCAUAGUGGCCCAGCAGUUUGGGGAGGCUGAAGCUUGCAAGAGAUUGUGAAUUCAAAGCCAGCCUCAAUUACUUCUUAGCAAGACUGUCUUUAAAAUAUAAAUAGGGCUGGGGAGGUGUCUCAGUGGUUAUAGUGGCCCUGGGUUCAAUCCCCAGCACCAAAAGUGGAUAACGCCUCUCAGGGUGCAGACUGGAGCCUGGGGGAGCUAGGUGCCUCAAGGUAGCUGCUGGAAGCAGGACACUUCCAACAUGGGACCUGUGGACUUGAGAGGGGCCUUGUGGCCACUGGGCCCCAGCUCUGGAAACAUCCCUUUAGACUUAUUUCCAAGGACAAGACUCUGAAUAACCAGGAGCAGCUCCCCCUAAACUAUUCCUCAGAACACUGAAGGUCUCAUAACUGGGAGUCCUAGCCAGAGAACCAGGUUUCUCAGGCCAAGGGAUACUACGUGCUUUCUGUCCAAAGGUUUUUUUGUUGUUUUUUUGCCCAUGAGUGGGUAGGAACCUACAGGCGAGUGUAGACUGGCUUGAAUAAGGGGCAGGGAAUUUGGGUAAGCAGCCUAGGACAGUAAACCAAGACCCUUGUACUGGAAAACUGCCAUCAGAACUAGAAUCACACUCAAACGACUCCAACACCUAGUUAAAUGAGAUGGAUGGAGCAUGCCCACUUUUGACAGUGGGCCCCACUGUGUCCCUGACUGGCUUCAAAUGAUCCUGCCUUGGAGAAUCACAAAGCCAGCCUCAGCAACUUAACUAGGUACUGAGCAACUCAAAGACCCUAUCUAAAUAUUUUAAAAAAGGGCUGGGGAUGUGGCUCAGUGGUUAAGCACUCCUGGCUUCAAUCCCUGGUACCAAAAUAAUUGAUACUGAAUAUAUACAACACCCACUUUAAUUCCUUUCUGCACAUUUCCUGUCAUGGUGCUAGUGAUACUUGAGAUUCUUCUGUACAAGUUAGCUACAGGUCAUAAUUUUUUCUCAAUAUUGAUGGGGUAGUGGAUGUACAAAUAAUGGCCUAGGCCUAAGCAACUGCUUCCCUUCCAUUACCACCCUCUCUCCAAUUUUAAUGCUGUUCUACAUACUCCCUGGGAUCUGAGAUUCCAAACAGGCAAUUGAUGAAAAGCUAACAGUAUCAGUACUGUUCUAUGCUGCUAGUACAGUUAUGGCUUCGUGGCUCUUAGUUUUAAAAAUAAA